GUUUCCAACUCGUGAUUCCACUUCAUUCACACAAAAUGGCUACCGGAGGGCAGCAGACAUCAUUAUGCUGUUGGUGGGGCAGACCGGACAUGGAAAGAGUGCUACCGGAAACAGCAUUCUGGGUACAAAGGCAUUUGUAUCCAAGCUAUCACCUGGAUCCGUUACAGAAGAAAUUCAACGAGCGGUCGCUAUAAGGAAUGGGCGUCGUAUUGAAAUUGUUGAUAGUCCGGGUUUUGCUGAUACAUCGAAAGGCAUUGAGUAUGUAAAUGAGCGACUUGUUCAUGCUGUCUACCAAACGCUUCCUGGGUUUAAUGCAAUUGUAUUCGUCUUGACUCCAGAAAGGUUUACUGAUGAACUGGUUAAAACCGUAAAUCUAUUCUUUGACUUCUUUGGAGAAGAUGUUGGAAAAUUUGCCUUCAUUCUGUUCACACACAUAAAAUCAAAAGAGAAAUUGAACGAAUAUAUUGAAAAUGCAGAGGAAAACUCAACGAAAAAUGUGGAGGUUCUUUUGGACUUGAUAGAAAGGUGCGGAAGCAAGGUCAUGCACAUCGACAAUGGCAAAAAGAAAGAAAGGAAGGAAGCAAUGGUAGAUGAGAUAAUUCGUACUAUUGACGCCAACACAGUUCGGACAGGUCAGCAAUAUUUCACCAACGCUCAGUUUGAAAAUGCAAAACAAUAUGCAGAUAGAUAUAUUAAAGAGAAUUAUCCGACCAAAGGUCUUGAGAGUUAUAAUGAAAAUGCCAAGGUAAAAACGAGAAAUCAAUUGGAUGACAACAAACCCGAGAAAGAUAGGAAUAAUGAGGACAUUUCAGAAGAAAGGGGACUAGUGUUAAGAAUGAAAGAGCGAAUAGAAAGUAGAAGUACAUUAAUGCAAAAUGGGACAGCAAACAUUAACCCUGAUGGCGUCCGAAGGCUUGCGAACAAAACAUUAACACAAAAUCAAAACGCUCUUGAAGAAAUACAUAUUUCUGGAAGUGACCCUAAAACAACACGCAAAAGUCGAAUUUCAGGAGCGUUUUUACAAGAUCUUGAUAAGAAACUUCUCGAUGGCAGGACACGUGUAGAUGCUGAGCAACAAUCUGCAAUGGCAAGUGACAUAGAAACGGAGCACGGAGAGGGCAAUCAAGUAAAAGGAAGAAAAUACGAUCCAUUCAAAAAACAGAUCAGAAACGAUAGGGGUCUCUUUGAACGUGCACGUGGAGUAUUUGAACAAACAUUUCAAACAUUGUUUCAAACAUUGAAAAAAAUAUUUUGACGGUUUAACGGCAUUUAAAUUAAGCAAGAUCAAUAGGCAAAUAGGGAACGCACUAUUGUUUUUACUACACUAUUAAAAGAUAAGCAAUUGUUUAUCUAAAACAUCAAAUUUUAUGUUUAGUUGUAAGUUUGUCAUCCAUUUUUAUUGAAAGAUAAGGACCUUUAUAGUUAAUUAGUGUGUGUAAUCUUAGUAUCCGCAUAUUUGUGAAAUACUGCACCCUUUUAUCAAUAAUAUUAAAACCAUAAUUAUGUGUAAUGUAAUCUCAUCAUAUAUUGCUUUAGAAAGCAAUCAUGUAUCUUUUUGUUUUUUGUAUGAUUUGUUUGAUUUGUUAUUUUGACGUUUUAGUUGAUCCUUAACUUGUAUUAAUAGAAAUGUAGAAUGUUUUUACAAAUUGAUUUCACACUUCCAUUUUUUCCAUGUAAUGAAAGUGCUGUCAUAUUGUGUAUAUAUCCAAGUGUAAAAAGACAAAUAACGGUUUAUUGUAAUAACUCUUUUUAUAAUCAAAAUAUUUUGGCCAUUACUAUUUGUUUGACUUCUUAGUUCAGGACAAAUCACAAUGCUUGUUUGACAAAGCUGCGUUUUUAUUUAUUCUUGAAUAUCAGCUUUCACUUUAAUAUAAAAUAGCAAAUAAUUAUAAAUUUACUUUAUCCGGGCAGUUACUCGUUUUGCCAUCCGUUAUUUUAUUUCCACCAGUAUAUAUGUCCGGUACAAUUGAUAAAGCAAUGUUAUACAAAGCAUAA